AUCACUGAAGAAAAAAUUUUUAUCACAAUUUGCGAAGCAUUUUUCAAAUAAAAAUAAAAGCUCGACAAGAUGUCGCGACAAGCAACCAGAUUGGACGCGAAAAAAGUGAACUCGGAGUUCCUGACGCUCACCUAUGGUGCACUGGUUACCCAAAUGCUGCGCGACUUUGAGAACGUGGAUGAUGUGAACAAGCAGCUGGAACGCAUUGGCUACAAUAUGGGCAUGCGCCUGAUCGAGGACUUUCUGGCACGCACCUCCGCUCCGAGGUGUUUGGAGAUGCGGGAGACAGCGGACCGCAUCCAGCAGGCGUUUCGCAUCUAUUUGAGUGUGCAACCAACCAUAUCGAAUUGGUCGGCGGCAUCCGAUGAGUUCUCGCUACUCUUCGAUUCCAAUCCGUUGACGGAGUUCGUUGAGCUGCCCACAGAUCUGAGCAAUUUACGCUAUAGCGCCAUACUCAGUGGCUGUAUACGAGGUGCCCUCGAGAUGGUCCAGCUGGAGGUGCAGUGCUGGUUUGUUCAGGAUCAGCUGAAGGGCGACAAUGUGACGGAGUUGCGUGUUAAGUUCGUGCGACGUCUAGAGGAAGCCAUACCAGCUGGCGAGGAUUAGACAUACAUGUAUAUAUUUAUAUAUAUAUUCAUAGAGAGGAGGAGAGUUGAACGCCUAAGCGCUUCUCAUUUUAGAAUUUAGUUAACAUUUUUUCGCUUUAUACAAAAAGCUGCAUUCCGGAUGCGAAGGCGCAGCAGACGCAACAUCAACAACAACAACAAACAAUAAAUAACAGCAAUUAUUAUUAUAAACAAACGGAAAAAAAAACAACAAUUUUAGUUAUAUUUUUUAUUCGACUUUAUACACAAAAUGUUUUAUGUCAGAUAUAAAAUAUAUGUAUUUAUGUAGUAAUAUAAAGCAUAUAAAGUU